ACCACUUCAUGGGUUGAUAUUCUUGUUCAAAUGGGUCCAGGAUGACGAACCAGCUGGGACUCUCGUGCAGGACAACAGAUUGGAGAAAAUAUUUUUUGCUAAACAGGUAAUUAAUAAUGCCUGUGCCACUCAAGCAAUCGUCAGUGUUCUACUCAACUGUAAGCAUCCUGACGUGUCUAUUGGGGGUAAUCUGGAGGAAUUCAAGAGCUUUUGCCAGAGCUUCGAUGCCACGAUGCGAGGACUUGCCUUGAGUAAUUCAGACAUCAUCAGACAGGUUCACAAUUCCUUUUCGAGACAAACACUCUUUGAGUUCGACUCAAAGCAAGCCUCGAAGGACGACGAUGUAUUCCACUUUGUGAGUUAUAUUCCAAUCGAUGGUCGUCUGUACGAAUUGGAUGGGCUGAAGGAGGGUCCGAUGGACCUGGGACCAUGCCCCCCUGGGGACCAGUGGGUGCAGGCAGCUCGGCCCAUCAUCCAGAAGCGAAUGAACAAAUACAACGAGGGAGAAAUUCACUUCAACUUGAUGGCCAUAGUAUCCGACCGGAAGAUGCUGUACGAGAGAAAAAAGUCAAAUUGCACAGAUCCAGUGGAAAUAGCGCGUCUCCAAUCCCUGAUAGAAGAGGAGAACAACAAAUCCCAGAGAUACAAGAUCGAGAACAUCAGGAGAAAGCACAACUACCUCCCCCUUAUCAUGGAACUGCUCAAACUACUCGCCAAGGAAGGCAAGCUCGUCCCCCUGUACCAGAAGGCCAAGGAACGGGCCAUUGAAAAAGAAUCCAAGAAGUCGACUGUUAACUAAAUUAUUUAAUCGAGGGUUAUAAAAUAACGAUAAUAAAUUUACAAUGCAUUUA